CCUCUCAGAGAGAGCGAGUCGACACAUCCGCCCAGUUUUCCGAUGCCUCCCCUCCCCGUGUUGAAAAUGGAGUUCGAUUACAACAGUUGUUCGCCAACUUCUGAGGGGGGAAAUUAAAAACCUUUUUUUUCAUCUCCCUUCUAAUGCGCAUUUGUGGAGAAAACCCAUUUUGUGUUUCGACUCCCUUAUCCCUCCCUCCCUUCCAGUUCCCUUCCGGGCGUCGAGGUUGCCUUGAAACGGACAUUAGUCGGACACGUUGGCGGAGCGAGGCUGGCUUUCCAACAAGGCGCUACUUCAAGUGUCGUCCCGGAGAGCUCUCAAGUUGGCGAAUGGAUGCUCGACAGCCAGCCACAACUAUUACGCCGAACGUGACGGGCUUUUUUUGAGGAUAUAUACAUACACGCAGCGGGGGCAAUUUUAUUUUUUAAUCAUUUUUGUUUUAUCUCCCCACCAAAGCGGCGCUUGUUUGGAAAAGAAGAUGGCUAAUUUUGUGUCAUGGUCGGAUUUUACUUCCAGGGAGGAGAAGGAGAAAUUGUCACUCUUCCUCCUCGCAAUUUAACGGCUAACGCUAGCUCCACUUUUCUUUUUUUCCCAAUUUUUCCUUCAUCGAGGGGGAGCAUUCUUGCCCCUUUUUACCGAGCACCCCACCCUUAAGCAACGCCAAACGAAAAGACGGCUCGGUUGUACGUAUGUGGAGGAAAAUGGUGAAUUUUGUGCUAUUUUGUCCCGCCGUCACAGCGCCGUCGAUGCUAGUGCUAGGACUCGGAUCCCCGUGAGGAAGAAAAUGAGUGAAGAUUCAACAAAUCCAAAAAACGAUGCAACUCACGGGCCCAGGCCAGCUGAUGUGCUUCCGCUCUCGAUUGUGUGUCCAGUGGACUGUUUGCUCCCAGCGAGGGGCAUAGAUGACAGCCUUUGUCCACACCAUCCUGGUCUAAAUUUCCACUGACAGUUAUGCGCGUGUGAGAGCAGUGGUCAUGACGCGGGAUGACUCCAGCGGUGGGUGGCUUCCCCUCGGCGGCGGUGGCCUCAGCUGCGUUACCGUUUACAAGGUCACCCCGGCGGAGGACAGUGGCAGCACCCACAGCGGCGGCACCCGGGGCAGCACAGGCAACCUCAGCCCUUCUAGCGCCAGUCCGACGCCCAGUCCAAGUCCCAGCCCCAGCCCCGCAGCGGUGGAGUUCUACAUCAAGGGGGAGCGGCUCAAAGACAAACUGGUGGUGCUGGAGUGUGUGCUGCACGAGGGCCUGGUGUACAACAAGAUCAACCCCAUCUUUCAUCACUGGAGGAUCAAUGACAAAAAGUUCGGGCUGACCUUCCAGAGCCCUGCUGACGCUCGCGCUUUCGAUCGAGGCAUACGCAGGGCCAUUGAGGACAUCAGCCAAGGCUGUCGAUCAUUCGGUGAAGGGGAUGCUCAAGAGGACGGACUACCAGUGUGUGAGGAGCCUCCCUCCAUCUGUACGCCUAUGAAGGAGCCCUUCUCGCCCUUGAACAACGUGGUGUCCACCGAGCCGUUCAGGGGCUGCUACGUACGCGCUCAGCCCUUUGACGAGUUCACCUCCAGCAACCGACGUUACCUGCCGCCACAGGUGUCAUUCAAAUCGACCCGCCAUGUCAGCUUUCACAUGGACGAGGAGGAGAUCGUUCGCAUCAACCCGCGCAAAGACGUGCUCAUCCGUGGCUACGAGGACUACCGCCACCCGGUCAUGUGGAAGCAGGAGGCGGAGCGCGAGGACUUGGACUUCCCUGCCACCUUCUACAAACUGGACAGUAAGAAGUGCGAGUACCUCUUCCCCGACGGCCCCGGCGGGGAUCCCCACUCUGGCCCCGGCACGGGCAAGGACAUUGCCAUUAAGACUCAGCCCUCGCCGCUGCUCAAGUCCAAGAAGGGGCGGCGGCGACGGGAGGACGGCGAGCGCUCGCGCUGCAUUUACUGCCGUGAGAUGUUCAACCACGAGGACAACUGGCGGGGGCAGUGCCAAGACGCCCCCGACCCCAUCAAGCAGUGCAUCUACAAAGUCAGCUGCAUGCUGUGCGCCGAGAGCAUGCUCUACCACUGCAUGUCCGACUCGGAGGGCGACUUCUCGGACCCGUGCUCGUGCGACACGUCCGACGAGCAGUUCUGCCUGCGCUGGCUCGCGCUGGUGGCGCUGUCCUUCAUCGCACCCUGCAUGUGCUGCUACCUGCCGCUGCGGGCCUGCCACCACUGCGGCGAGGCCUGCCGCUGCUGCGGGGGCAAGCACAAGGCGGCCGGGUGACCCCACGCCGCCCUUCUGGGAACCCCUCAAAGCUAGCUAACACAUGAAGCGGAUCAAAGCGGAUCUAUUCGAUGCCGGCAACCCUUUUUUUCCCACACCCGCCUACUCUUUGGGACAGGGUGGUGGUGUUGAUCGCCAGCUCUGAGGGCAUUUGGAGAUUUCAGUUUGCGUUUGUCGCCGACGAGCUGCAGUGGAGGACAAACUUCAUCUUUGCGUCGAGCUAAGUCCGGAUAAGGAGACGAGGGCGUGGAGAUUAACAGACUCGGAGAUGCUACUAAACGCACGGCACACGAAGACACACGAAGACACGCAUAUACAUCGACAUACACUUGGCAGAACUCUACUACAAGCAACUUUAUGAUGGAAAUGAGUCUUUUUGUACAGAGACAACAACAAAACACAACUAUUCAGAAAAAAAUAACUUGCUGUUUGAGUAUGCUAAAAGGGAUACAGAUGUUCUUAUGCUUAUUUUGUGUGACAUUGCAGUCGGGUAACAGUGGCCUUUCCUUCCCUUCAUCCCAGUGUAAUUAGUAGACAGAGAAAAAAAAACGUGCACUCCACAUGACAUCUGCCCUUCCUCAUUUUAGCCUUUGAAAACACCAGUGUGGUGCAGAACAUGGCCGCUUUCUUCCCUUAGGCAACUGCCUCACGUCGACCCGUUUCGAUCGCAUUCCAAAAAGAAAGGGACUCAUUCCAUUUGUAAGACGGGAACAUGGUAACGUUUUACCAUGCCGACUUUCCCCGCAAAAUGUUAUGAAAGAUGACAUCUUAACAAAUUUGAAAGCCCACUUAUUUACUGCUGUUGUUAAAAUAUAUAUAUAUUUCCUGUUCACCUUCUGAUUCAAAGCAAAAAUUUUGCUCAACCAGCAAGUUUUGUUUCGGUGAGUGAAUGGUGACGGUGCUCCUAUUUCAUUCGAUACGAUUUUAUUUUAUUUUUCCAAGAAAACAACCAGGCACUUAAAAUGAGGCUUAUUUUACUGAGACGCCAUUCUCCGAUUAAGAAAUGUGUCUAAAGAAAAAGCACUGCUCUCCGAGCUUUUGGUUGCAGCACCCCUCCACCUCCGAAAAGACCCUCCCAUGUUUGUUCCACACUUUGAUUUUAUUGUUUUCCUUCGUGCCCCAUCCUCGUGUCACCAGUCCACUCCUUCAUGUGUCUUUGUUUUAAUAAGACCUGGAUGAAUGAGCGCAUUGUUUCAGGUAUGUUGAGUAUCUCGGCAAUUAAAUACAUACAGAUGGCGUGUGUGUCCGCGCGCACGGGCACAGGGGCCUUCAUAUACACUGGUAACGUCCUCACUUGACGACUUUUUCGACAACCACGCGAAAAGAACAUCUGCUCUCUCGCGGAUUCUAUACUUUUAAGUACUUUUUUUAGCAAUCAGAAUAACCCGCACAAAAAGUGUGAGAUUAUUUUUAAAAAAUUGUCAGUUUCCUGUGGCACGGUGCUUUUGCUUUUGGUUUCUUAAUGGAGUUUAGAUCACCAGCAAAAGAAUCCUUCUAACAGGAAGUAUGAAUUGAAGUAUUAAUUCUUGCGCAGAUGAAAGCAUCGAACACAUCCGGUGCAAUACAAUAAGUACGGCGGUAAUUUGUAAAACGCGACCACGUAUUCUUUGGCUGCCCAGUCAAUAAGACCAUCGCACGCCGUUUGGAACCUCGAAACCAUGCAUGUCAAGGCCGCAGUAAACACAGGACCCCGAGAAAUUCAGUUUUGUGCUGCAUUCGUGACAACUGGGAAAUCGGAAACUCCGACCUCAAAAAUUACGACUGACCAGUGACGCCACUACGAUAAGCUAAUAUUUGCUUUUUUCAUUUUUUUGAGGGGGUGGGGGUGCAUCAUGCGAUUUUAAGUUGUCCACAGUUAAUUAAAGGUAUACAUGUUUAUCACUUUUGGCACAAAGGCAAUCUAAUUUCUUAUGAGAGCCGAGUUAUUUUGGCGGCUAGAUUUCUAACCCGGAAGUAAGACGCCUGAUUGACAUAAAACCCGCCUCCGCUCUACCCCUAUAACGUUCAUCGGUCGACUCGAGGUGCGUGCAAUGACCGCUUUGAAAUUGGGGAGCAUGCCCCCCCCCCCCCCCCCAAGACCUUUUAAUUUUUAAUCUUUCUAUGCAAACUUCCGACAUGGGACACAUUCUUAAGACUGACAGGACAUUUUUGUUUCUUUUAAGACCUUUGUAGGUAGUAAGAAGUAUUGUAGAUAAGCCUCCUCCCGCUUUGGUACCAAACACCUGUAAAUAUGUAACACUGUAUUUAAAUACCAAUCACAAUAAUAAUAAUAAUAAUAACUCUGGCUUGUUUUGUCUUGAAGGUUGUCUUCUUUUUAAAGAUAGAGCUGUAUUUAUCGUUGCUGUCAGCAUUAUCUACGGUAGCUUCUAUUGACAGCAUACUUGUGUACAUAGGUCCACCUUUUGUAGUAUUAUUUCACAUUGAAAAGUAGAGGGCAUUUGCAACGGGUCGGGGGGUAAACAAAACGACUAUUGAGCGUCGAAUAAGUUUCUCGCUAGUUUUGUACGGAAGACGGAAGGAUAGCGCUAACACGGUACAGGAGUUACACUCCGCUUGCUUUGAAAAUUUUCUAUAUGAAUAUAAAUACAUCUAUAUAUAAAUACAUGAAUUUAAGGCUGCUAGAUACAAUCACUAAUUUUAUUGUGCUGACAGAGAAAAUUAGCUAUGAACGACUGUUAAACCCUAAUUCUCCAACAGCAUUAAGCAUUGGGUUUUUGUUUCUUUUGUGCGGCAUGUGUGCGUUUUGUGUGGGUGUGCGUUUGGGUCUGUUUCCCGUCGUCUAGCUGAACCAAGGUUGGAUGAAGCUGAUUAAAAACUUGCUGGCUGACAAAAUGUAAGAUGUACAUUUUUUUUCCUUCUACAAAGGACACGAAAAAAAAAAUAAAAACCUAACACUUUUGUCAUUCUGCAUUAACCAGCAAAGUGCUACUUCCUGUCAUGUACUGUAUUAUAUAUGCAACAUACAUGUCUGUCCGCUAUAUAUAUAUAUAUGUAUGUAUAUAUAUAUAUACUUCAGUUUUAACCACUUUUGCUGCUAGUCUUUUAUCCAGUUUCAGUCUCGGAAAAAAAAAUGUGCAUAACGUUGGGAAUGCAUACAAAUGUACAUUGUUGACAUUGUGUAAAAUAAUGACCAAAAACGUUGGGAAUGCAUACAAAUGUACAUUGUUGACAUUGUGUAAAAUAAUGACCAAAAAAAAAAGAUAAGUUCCUUUCAGCGCAUUGUUUUAAAAAGACUAACGUAAAACGGUUAACUUUUCACAGCAGUUUUUUGGGAGUGUUUUUGUUCGGUUUCUCCAACAACGCUUCGGUGCACUGAUUCUACUCGAUGUAUGCUUUUUUGACAUCUUACAGCGCUUGAUGUAACAUUUAUGUGAUUAGUUCUGAAAUAGUGGAAGACAUUUUUGUGUUUUUUGGAAAAACUUGCAGUAUAAAUGGUACUAUUAACGAUUCUGUAAACACUGCCUGUUCAUUACCCCCACCCCUUUCUUUCCUUGUGCAUAUUCUUAUGUUAAUUUAAGUUUCUUAGUGCCAUCCUGACGACCUCAAAAAUGACGACGAUGACAAAAGAAGUGCCUCAUGUCCAUUUUAGUCUCCCAUCAGUUUAACAUCUGUCUGUUCUGGUUCUAUCGGUUUCCUAUUAUUUUGUUGAUUUGAGAAUACCAAGUAUACGAUGUAAAAUUGAUAGUCCCAAUAACUCCCACGGCAUAGUUGUAUUUUCUUUAUACAGAUGUAGCUUGUUACUUUUCAUAAAUAUAUAAUGUAAAUAGGCAUACAUAUGUUUGUAACUGUUUUUAUGUUACAUCAUACACUUGUAAUUUGACAUAUCAAAUAACAUUAUCAUAAUAAAAUUGUGAGUUUGAA